AUGUCCUCCGUUCCCAUUCUUUGCACUCGCUGUUUGAAGCUGAAGGACCGGAAAGAGUAUUCAAAGGCUCAACUAAAAAAGAAGUCGGGACAUGUUUGCCUCUCCUGCGCGAUGAAUGCUGCGCAGAAUUCGAGCGUAGAGAAAGCAAAGGAGAAGGUGGUACUGCCUGCAGAAAAGCCCCUUCCUUCUCGUUUGUUCAAGCCCUUAUCUGGACCCGAGGGAGACAAAGCGGAUAAGAUGACCUGUCUAACGAUGCAUCAGCCUUGGGCAUCCUUGUUGGUGUACGGGAUUAAGCGUGCUGAGGGGCGAGGAUGGAAUACUGAUUUUCGGGGCCGAUUGUGGAUCCAUGCUGCUGCGAAACAGCCAACACCUGACCAAAUUGCAGCGUGUGAAGCAAAUUACCGGGAAAUCUAUAGACAGGAGGGUGAAGGUAUCGAAGUGGAGUUCCCAAAGCACUACCCCACAAGUGCUUUGAUAGGGUAUGUCGAUGUAGUUGAUGUGCUCCCAAACAAUCAACUUCGCGAGUGCAACAUUCCCGAUACUGUACGUUCUUUGUUGGCAGCGUGUGAUGGGUAG